GCUCACACAACACUUCAUUAACUACUUACUCCUACACACUUUACACCCUUUCUUUUUGUUCUUUUAGUGCUAAUUAAGAAAAUGACAAGAUCAAGAACUCCCAAUAUUCUCACUCUUUUCUGCAUCUUUUUCUUCCUAAUCUCAGUUUCCUCCACACACCCAAUGCCCAGGAAAAAGCCAUACAACCCAUGCAAGACCCUAGUCUUAUACUUCCACGACGUAAUCUACAACGGCCAAAACGCCGGCAACGCCACCUCGGCCAUCGUGGGGGCCCCGCAGUGGGGCAACUACACCAUCCUGGCCAGCCAAUUCCACUUCGGCAACGUCGUCGUUUUCGACGACCCCAUCACUUUGGACAACAACUUCCACUCCAAGCCCGUGGGGAGGGCCCAAGGGAUGUACAUGUACGAUACCAAGAACACGUACACGGCUUGGCUCGGCUUCUCUUUUGUGCUUAACUCCACGGAUUCUCAAGGGAGCAUAAAUUUCAUUGGGGCCGACCCGCUGAUGAAUAAGACACGGGAUAUUUCCGUGGUGGGCGGCACCGGCGACUUCUUCAUGCACCGCGGCGUCGCCACCGUCAUGACCGACGCCUUUGAAGGCGAGGUUUACUUUAGACUUCGCGUCGAUAUCAAAUUCUACGAGUGCUGGUAGUAAAAUAUAUUAUAAUAGUUCGCCCUAUAAUUAAUUUCAUAGGGUUUCAAUUUCAUAUUUAUAAAAACAAAUUAUAUGUAUGCGUACGGCACAACUUAUGUCGUACAAUGUUAGCCGGACUCGUCCGAUGACGACCUUUGUGUGUCUGUACUGUGCCUAUUUCUCUCUGUGUUUUUGAAGGUAACAAAAUUUGGAAUAAAAUUGAAGAGUUGCGUACUGUUCUUUUUCCUGAAAAUAAAUGUUUCAUCUGAUA